UUUUGAGGUUAGGCAGAAAAGUGGCACGCUCACAAGACUAUCGAGUGACAGAGCACAUUUCCAAGGGAGUUGCAUUUGCUAAAGAUAUUCCAGUGACUGACACAAUGGACCCACUCCGCCGCAAUCCUCUUCUGGAAAUUACCAAAUGUGAGAUGUGCUUCAGAUUGGUGUACCAUUUCCCGACUGGCCUGUGUGCCCGAUGCUUCACUGUUUGGGCCGGAAAGAAACCAAUGGACCGACUGAGACUGACCGUCGACCAAUCGAAGGCUCUCCUUGUGAGCUUUGCUCGCCGUUCGGUUGCCCAGGAUAAGAGCCAAAUGGACCCCACGUUCCAACGCGUGAUUGCGGAGGUGAGGUUGCAGCGCCAACAGAAAAUGGAGCUGUUCCAAAAGAUUCGCCAGCAGUUCCAGCUCUCCGUACUCACCGGUCCCUUCUUCGACAAGAAUCCCAAAUACGAAGUCAAUGAAGACUAUUGGAAUGUGCCGGAUAUCGUGGAUGAAGACAUGGUGAAGUUUCAGCACAAUAUCGACCUGCUUGCAGAUAUACCCACCGUUUCUUCAGAAAAUAGAAAAGAAAAUUUGUAGCUGCUAUCCACUUUUAAUGCAAAUGAAAGUACAAAUAUUUCUUAGAAAUAUACAUACAUACAUUUUGAUAA